AUGCUACAGAGCCGCAUACUGGGGCGAGCAGCUACCAGCCGCUGUCGCGUGCCUCGCCUCCCGUCCUCAACCACCAGUGGCGGACAAUGGCUCGCGCGACGCAGCGCCCAUACCGGCGGGCCCUUCCAGCCGAUGCGGCCUCCAUCACCGCAGGAGCUCGGCCGUCCGCAAGCCGCCAAGCAGUACAAGCGUGGCCGCAAGUGGACGAGGCGCUUCCUUUGGACAGCAGCGGUGCUGGGCGGCGUCUACGCCAUCGACAACCAGGUGUAUGCGGCCGGCUUGACGCGCACGGCGCGCACCUUUGGCACCACGCUGCUCGUCGCGCUCGACUACAACAUCAAUUUCCGGGCGGAGCCUUGGUUCGGCGGCUCCGUGGCGGACCUGCACCACCGCAGCGCGGAGCGCAUGGCCACGCUGCUGCGCGAGAACGGCGGGCUGUACCUCAAAAUGGGCCAGGCUAUUGCCAUGCAGAGCGCCAUGCUGCCACCGGCGUUUCAGAAAAUGUUUGCCCGCAUGUUUGACGACGCUCCUCAGGACGACUGGCAUGACGUCGAGGCUGUCAUUCGUGCGGAUUUUGGCAAGAGCGUCGAGGAGGUCUUUGGGGUCAGCUUCACGGGGAAACCCGGGUACGGUGUCAUGGAGAAAAAGGCGCGCGCCAGCGCGAGUGUGGCGCAGGUGCACUGGGCGAGGUUGCCAGAUGGACGAGAAGUGGCGAUCAAGGUCCAGAAGCGGGAUAUUGCCAAGCAGAUUUCAUGGGAUCUAUGGGCAUUCAAGAGUGUGGCCUGGAUCUACUCGAAAUGGUUCGACAUUCCCUUCUACAGCCUGAUUCCGUACGUGGCCGAACGUCUCGAACUGGAGACCGAUUUCGUCAACGAAGCCGAAAAUUCGGAAACGAUGCGCAAUCUCAUUUACAACGAAAAGAGCAUGCGCGGCCGUGUCUACAUACCCAUCACGUACCCGGAGCUUACCUCGCGCCGCGUCAUGACGGCCGAGUGGAUCGAGGGCGUACAGCUCUGGGACAAGAAGGCGAUGACGGGCCGGUGGAUGGGCGGCCGAGGAAAGGGCACGCCUGGAGCGCGCGCGCCACUGCCCGACGUCGACAUGGACGCCAUCCGGCGCGAGGUACGGACGCAGCCGAACCAGGACCGGCUCAAGCCGGAGCGGCAGGAAUGGAAGGGCCCGCGGGGCCAAGGCGGCCUGGGACUGUCGACCAAGGAGGUCAUGGCGACGGUGACUGACCUGUUUGCGGCGCAAAUAUUCCAAUGGGGCGUGGUACACUGCGACCCGCACCCUGGCAACGUCUUUGUUCGGCGGCUGCCGAGCGGGCGGGCCGAGGUGGUGCUCAUCGACCACGGUCUGUACGUGUACAUGUCGCCGACGUUUCGCAACCAGUACGCCGAAUUUUGGAAGGCGCUCAUGACGUUUGACAAUGCGACGAUUGAGCGGGUGACGUCGCAGUGGGGCAUCAAGAGCGCAGACUUUUUUGCCAGUGCGACGCUGAUGCGACCGUACGAGGGCGGCAGCCAGUCGACGCGCGAGGCGCUGCUCAGCAAGGACAUGGAGGGCAAGACGGCGGCGGAGCGGCACCACGCGAUGGAGCAAAAGAUGAAGCAAGGGCUGCGGGACAUGCUCGCGGACGAGGAAAAGUGGCCCAAGGAGCUGCUGUUUAUCGGACGCAACAUGCGCAUCGUGCAGUCGAAUAACCAGUACAUGGGGUCGCCGGUGAACCGCAUCAAGAUGAUGGGCGAGUGGGCGAGCAGGAGCCUGUUCCGGGACACGAGCCUGGGGUGGCGGGCGCGUGUGCGCAACGCCUGGCGGCACGUCCUGUUCAAGGUGGUCAUGACGGCGUCGGACGUGGCCUUUUACGUGUUCAAGGUGCGGCAGUGGCUGGGGCUCGGGGGCAACAUGGAGGACGUCAUGGAGCAGCGGAUGAAGGACAUGGCGCAGGACAUGGGGAUUGAACUGCAAAACGACGUCUUUAGCGGCUAG